AUGGAUGAGAAAGAGAAUUAUGAAUUCGAGAAAUCAAUCACAUUCCAAAAUUUGAAUCCGCGCAUUAUCAAACUAGAAUAUGCUAUUCGUGGUUCUUUAUUUCACCGGCUUAUGGAGAUUGAAAAGAAACUGAAAGAUGGAGUUCAAAUGCCUUUUACUAACCUCAUCAAAGCAAAUAUAGGCGAUGGUCAAUCCAUUGGCCAAAAACCUAUAUCGUUCAUCAGACAAGUAUUGGCGUGCGUUUCUUACCCGAAUUUACUCAAGACUGAAUAUUUCCCUCAAGACGUGAAAGAGAGAGCAGCUGAUAUACUGAACGGAUGUGAUGGAAACUCUGUUGGAUCAUACACCACGUCUUUAGGUAUUGACGCCGUUAGACAAUCUGUGGCUACUUACAUUGAGAAGAGAGAUAGAUGCAAAGCCGAUUGGAACAAUAUAUGCUUGACGCCUGGAGCUUCAGCCGCCAUUAAGAGCUGUUUGAAACUAUUCAUUAACAACACAAAUGGACAAAAAACCGGUGUCAUGCUGCCUGUACCUCAAUAUCCUCUUUAUUCUGCAACUCUAGCAGAGUAUGGCCUGACUCAAGUCGAAUAUUAUCUUGACGAGAGCAAAAACUGGGCUCUGACACUUGAGGAACUUGAAAGAUCACACAAAGAAGGCUCCAAGAGCUGUAAGAUAAGGGUGUUGGUUGUAAUCAACCCAGGAAACCCUACAGGACAAGUAUUGACAAGAGAAAACAUUGAAGAUAUAAUAAAAUUCGCAUACAAACAUUCCUUAUUUAUAUUCGCAGAUGAAGUUUAUCAGCAAAAUAUUUAUGAAGGAAUAUUUUACUCUUUUAAGAAAGUUUUGUCUGAGCAAAAGGCGCCUUUUAAUCAAGUUGAGUUGGUUUCUUUUAUGUCAAUGUCUAAAGGAUACAUGGGGGAGUGUGGUUUUCGUGGUGGAUGGUUGGAAAUCGUGAAUAUGGACCCUGAAGUUCUUAAUAAUUUGUAUAAGAGUAUUUCUGCGAGGCAUUGUCCUAAUACGUUAGGACAGGCUGUGGUGUAUUGCGUGGUGAGACCGCCUGUAGAAGGGGAACCCUCGUAUAAGCUCUAUGCGAAAGAGAAGGCUGAUUUAAUGAAGUCGUUUGCGACAAGAGCUAAAAUAGUGGAAAAAAUGUUUAACGACAUGGAGGGAGUUAGUUGUAAUGUUGUUCAAGGCGCAUUGUAUGCUUUCCCGCGGAUCGAUAUACCUCCUAAGGCGAUAGAAGCAGCCAAGAAUGUAGGACAGAAACCAGACGAGUUCUACGUGUUGAGACUACUAGAGGAAACCGGUAUUUGUAUGGUCCCUGGUUCUGGUUUCGGUCAGGUACCUGGCACUUAUCAUAUUAGAACAACGAUACUACCGCAACUGGAUCUAUUGAAGGAAAUGGUGGAUAUGCUUAAGAAGUUUCAUAAGAAAUUUAUUGAAGAAUAUUCUAGUGAUUAA